UCUAGUUUGUUCAGUGAUGAGCAGAAAACACUGCUGCCACUCCUCGCUGCAGAGCUACAGGUUUUAAAAGCUCAGAAAAUGACUUGUUUUCAGCUGUUGAUUCACUGUUUUCUUCUGUCAGCAGGUGAAUGUGGUUCCCACGCUCUGGUGUUCCUGUCCACAGGACGUGUGCAGCCUGGAAAUCAACUUUCAUUUGAGCAACUCACUGUGUUUGAUGGUGUUCCCAUCUCUCACUGUGACAGCUCGACCAGGACAGAAGAGUUCAAACCUUCUCUGGAAUCAAAGAACUUACCAAGCAGCUGUGAGGCAGCGUAUUCUGAUAUCACAGAGUCUCUCCAUGUGAUUCCACCUUUAAUCAACAGCACAGUGUAUGUUGUGCAGCGGCGGCGUGGCUGCAUCCAAUCGGCCGAUGGGAGGAACUCAGCUUUUGAAGCCUGGUCAGUGAAUGGAGAGGACUUCAUAACCUUUGACCCUGAAUCUCAAAGAUGGACACCCCAGUCUCCUUCUGCUGUAACUGUGAAACAAAGAUGGAAGAGGAACGGAGCAAGGAAUAUUUUCUUUAGUCGGUUCAUCAGGCAACAAUGUCCAGUGCUGAUCCAGAGAAUUAGACUAAGAUCAAUAAACCCCAGAACAGAUCUGAACAUGUUUGCGAAGCCCAUCGCUCACACAGCCCAGAUCCUGCUGAUAUGUCAUGUGACGAGUACUGACAGACCGGUGAGCUCAGUGCACCUGACCGGAGACGGAGCUCCCAGUGCCAGAUGGAUCACAGUGACCGGACCAGUGCCUGGACCUGAAGAUGGAUCUGUGGUCCUCAGGCUGACACCUGAGAUCUCCCUCAGCCAACACACAUACAGAUGUGCAGUACAGGCAGGAGGACACAACAUCAGUGCUGUGUGGGACGGGAAGACUCUUGAUGGCAGACUCCUUCUUACAGAGUCAAGUGGUCACUGGAAAACUCUGAUAUUAAUCCUUGAAGUCCUCGGCGUGGUGUCAAUAAUCACCAUUAUCUCCUGGGCAACAGUAUGUCUGCUAAACUGCGUCAAGACCAGUCGUCCUCGGAGAGUUGAUCCACAGCUGAUGGAGCAGUUUGUGAAUGUUGUAAUUUCAUUCACUCAGGGUUCAGAGAGGAACCCAGAACACCCGGCCCGCUGCGAGAUGAAUAUCCGCUUAAGAGACCAAAACUUCUACGAUCCAGAAUACUUUGCUAAUCUAAUAAAUGGGGCAGAUAGAUAAGUUAUGGAUUGUACAUGGCUGCGUUUACACUGAGCCAUUAUCCAAAGCACUUUACAAGUUUCCUCCAGUCACCACUCACCCUGAUGGCGGUGAGGCCCCAUGGUGCAUCAGUGUCUCUGACGUGUGGACGGAGGGAGACUGAUCCGGCAUCUCUGUGACGGGUGGACGACCUGCUGAGACACAGCUGCCUGUUUUUAAUGGGAGGACUGGGACAUGGGACAAAUGGGACAGUCUGUGUUCACUCCGUACGUUUUCAUAGAGCGAGCCAGAACUCAGCAGAACCGUUAACACAGGAGCCAAUGUUCCACAGUGCUGACAGCUGAACGUGUCUGCAGCGAGUCCUCAGCGCCAUCCUUCAAACACAAGCUCUGAAACUGUGUUUACAUGUGGAUCUGUUCUUCUCUGAGCCGUUCACACAACUCAUGCUCAUAUUGAGCUAAGCUAUGCUAACACUCACUAAUGACAGUAGCAUCAUCCUGUCACAUCUGUAUUUCACCUUGUAUUUUGUAUGUUUUCUGUUGAAUAAAACUACAGCUGUUCCCCCAUGACUCUCCUCA